UUGUGCAUAGCGGAUCAGCUGCUUGAAGAGAGAAAAUGCAGUUGUUUGUGUUAGUGUUCUGUAUUUUGUAUUCUGCUGUUUUUUCUGAACCUGUAUCAAAAAGAAGUGACAAUGAAGGGAAGGACAGUCCAUUGAUUUGGUUAAUAUUAAAACAGUUAAGUUCUUUAGAAGCACGUAUUGAGAAACUCAAAGAUAUUGCCAUUGAAAAUCAAAAAAACAUUGUUUCUCUAAAAUCAAACAACGGAAAUAGUGGCAUUAAUAAGGAUGCCAAACCGCUCGAUGACGUAAAUUUUAAAGUUAUCGCAGUCAAAAAGAAGAUCGAUCAUCUGACGAAAAAAGUAGAUUUAGACAAAAGCAAACUAGAAGAGCAAAUUUAUCAGAUAAAAAGAGCCUACAGUAAUAUGGGUGGAGGAGAUACGUAUGUCCGAUGGGGAAGAACAACAUGUCCACCAAUAAGUGGAACUAAACUUGUAUAUUCUGGAUACACUGGUGGUGGUUAUUACAGUCAUGCAGGAAGACCUGCGGAACCUGUAUGCUUACCAACAAACCCUAAUUUCGUGAAAACAUCUGGUAGCAAUGCUGCUUACAUAUAUGGAACAGAAUAUGAGACCAAUUUCUUUCGUUGGAAUUCUGUUCAGCAGGAUGUUCCAUGCAGUGUCUGUCAUGUUCAAUUCGGAACUACAAUCAUGAUACCUGGAAAAACAAGAUGCCAUAAAGGGUGGAAAUUACAGUAUAAAGGAACGCUAUCUGCAGGUGCUGCUGGACAUGGCGGCGCCUCCACCUAUUUAUGUGUAAAUUUUCACCCACAAUACAUACACGGUGGAAGCGCCAACACCGAUGGAUAUCUGUUGUAUGAAGUUGUUGCUCAAUGUGGAGCCCUGCCAUGUCCACCUUAUCGUCACGGAUACCCUUUGACCUGCGUCGUGUGUUCUAAAUGAGAUUUAAUUUUUAAGAAAUAAAAUUUAAUAUUCAAA